CCUUUCAAACUACACACAACUAAGAAUUAGCUUAGAAGAUCUCUGUUUUACUCUUAUUUCAUACCACCACAAAUAUAUAAUGACUCGUUUUCUUGAACGAUUUUAUGCACUUUUCCUGCUUUUCAUGCAUGCUGCAGGACCCGUCCUCGGAUUCAACAAUAGCUCUGAAAUAAAGUGCAUUGAGAGGGAGAGACAAGCACUCCUCAGCUUCAAACAUGGCCUCGUAGAUGUCCGUGGCAUGCUGUCUACAUGGAGGGAUGAUGAGAAGAGUCGAGAUUGUUGCAAAUGGAAAGGCAUUCAAUGUGACCAUCAAACAGGUCAUGUAACCAUCCUUCGUCUCCGUGGUUCGCAUACACAAUAUUUGAGAGGUGCACUCAAUAUCACUUCACUGUUUCUCUUGCAAAAUAUUCAACAUUUGGAUCUCAGCUACAAUAAUUUUAUAGAGAGUCACAUCCCACAACUCAUGGGCUCACUUACCAACUUAAGAUAUCUCAAUCUCUCCUAUUCUGAUUUUGGUGGUAAUAUUCCUACCCAACUUGGAAGCCUUUCACAUUUAUUGUCUCUGGAUUUAAGUCACAAUUAUCUUCUCCAUGGAGAUAUCCCUUAUCAACUUGGAAGCCUUACAAAUUUAAGGUAUCUUGAUCUCAGUUAUAAUAAUCUUGAUGGGAAACUCCCUCGUCAACUUGGAAAUAUGUCACAGUUGAGAUACCUUGAUCUGAGUGGUAAUUCAUUUUCAGGAGCAUUCCCUUUCCAGGUUGGGAAUCUUCCUUACUUGCAAACUCUUAGACUUGGUGGUGAUUUUGAUGGCAAACCUAAGGAUGCAGACGGGCUGUCUAAUCUCUCUUCCCUAACACAUCUUGCCAUCGAUGGUUUACAUAACCCUGACUGGUUGCAUAUGAUUCAUUAUCCAAAGCUAAGAGAGUUGAGACUAGUUAACUGUUCUCUUUCAGAUACCCAUAUUCAAUCUCUGUUUUAUUCACGUUCCAACUUUUCCAAUUCUCUUACCAUCCUUGACCUUUCUUUUAAUAUGCUCACAUCCUCAACAUUUCAAUUAUUAUCUAACUUUAGCCUUAAUCUUCAACAGCUUUAUCUUUCUGAUAAUAACAUUGUUUUCUCAUCUCCAGUCCACUCAACCUUUCCUUCUCUUGUGAUCCUUGAUCUUUCCAAUAAUAACAUGAAAUCAUCAGUCUUUCAAGGUAUUUUUAACAUCAGUUCAAAACUUCAAAAUCUUUAUUUGCAAAGUUGUAGUCUUGGGGAUGAUAGUUUUCUCAUGUCAGCUAUUCCAAUUACGAAUUCUUCGUCUUCAAUUGCCUCACUUGAUCUCUCCUCAAAUCUAUUGAAAUCAUCAUCCAUAUUUUACUGGCUCUUCAACUCCACUACCAAUCUUCGUAAACUUGAACUUAAUGACAACAUGUUGAAAGGUCCCAUUCCAGAUGGAUUUGGGAAAGUAAUGAACUCUCUUGAAGUUCUUGACCUCUCUGAUAACGAACUGCAAGGCGAGAUUCCAACUUUCUUUGGGAACAUGUGCACAUUGCAGAGUUUAGACCUCUCUGGUAACAAACUGCAAGGCGAGAUUCCAUCUUUCUUUGGGAACAUGUGCACAUUGCAGAGUUUAUACCUCUCAAACAACAAGUUGAGUGGGGAAAUUUCCCAUUUCUUUCGGAAUUCAUCAUGGUGCAACAGACACGUGUUUCAGAAUUUGUAUUUAUCUUAUAACAACAUUACAGGCACAUUACCUAUGAGCAUUGCAUUGCUAUCUGAGUUGGAGGGCUUGCUUUUGGAUGGAAAUUGCUUGGAGGGUGAUGUCACUGAAUCCCAUCUUUCAAACUUUUCCAAAUUAAGGCACUUACAUUUGUCAGACAACUCCCUAUCUCUAAAAAUAGUCCCUAACUGGGUUCCUCCUUUUCAAAUAAUAAGCUUGCGACUAAGAUCUUGCAAGUUGGGUCCUAGAUUUCCUAGUUGGCUCCAUACUCAACGCUCCAUAGAAUUUCUGGAUAUUUCUAAUAAUAGGCUUAAUUGUUCAGUACCAAAAUUGUUUUGGAACAACCUUCAAGAUGUGGGAUAUUUGAAUAUGUCUCAGAAUAAUUUCACUGGUGCAAUUCCUAAUAUGUCAAUGAAGCUUUCCAGUACACCAUUUAUAAUUCUGAAUUUGAAUCACUUUGAAGGCGAAAUUCCAUCGUUUUUACUACAAGCUUCAGAGUUGAAGCUUUCUGACAAUAAAUUUUCAGAUCUAUUUUCAUUCAGAUGUGACCAAAGCAGCUCUGAAUUGACUUUUUUAGAUUUAUCAAAUAAUCAAUUAAAGGGACAACUCUCAGACUGUUGGAAAUCUAUAGAUCGAUUGGUGUGGCUUGAUUUAAGCAACAAUAAAUUGUCAGGGAAGAUUCCUAUGUCCAUGGGCAACCUCGUUAAAUUGGAAGGCUUGGUCUUACGGAACAAUAACCUAACGGGUGAAUUACCUUCAACUUUGAAGAACUGCAACAAUUUAAUUGCAUUGGAUGUGGGUGAAAAUAUGUUGCUUGGUCCAAUACCAUCAUGGAUCGGAGAAAGUAUGCAGAAAUUAAAAAUUUUGAACAUGCGAAAGAAUCAAUUUUCUGGAAAUCUUCCUAGUCAACUCUGUUAUUUGAAGGAUAUUCGAUGCUUGGAUCUUUCGAGGAAUAUGUUAUCAAAAGGAAUUCCAUCAUGCUUAAACAAUUUGACUGCAAUAACUGAAAACAUAGACGUCUCGAAUGAAAGUUUUACAUAUGGGAUUUAUAUGAAUGGUAUAACUUAUGCAAUUCUUGGUUCCCGCGACUAUACCCUUAACAUAAGCCUAAUGUGGAAAGGUGUGGAACACUGGUUCAAGAAUCAAGAGUUAAAGCUUAUGAGCAUUGAUCUUUCAAGUAAUAAGUUGACAGGUGAUAUACCAAAGGAGGUUGCAUAUUUACUUGGGUUAGUUACUUUGAAUUUAUCAAGAAAUAAUCUGAGUGGAGAAAUUCCUUCAGAGAUAGGAAAUUUAAGAUCAUUGGAGUCCCUUGACUUAUCAAGAAAUCAUAUCAGUGGGGGAAUUCCUUUCUCACUUUCUCAAAUUGAUUCUCUUGGCAAGUUAGAUUUGUCACACAACUCUCUCUCUGGAAGAAUACCAUCAGGAAGACACUUAGAAACUUUUGAUGUCUCUAGUUUUGAAGGGAAUGUUGGCCUUUGUGGUGAACAACUUAACAGAACUUGUCCUGAAGAUGGAAAUCAGACAACGAUAAAGGCUCAAGAAGAUGGAACAGUCAAUGAUGAUGAAGAUAAUGGUUUCUAUGAAGCACUGUGUAUGAGCAUGGGGAUUGGAUAUUUCACUGGAUUUUGGGGCUUAUUAGGGCCAAUGCUACUUUGGCAUUCUUGGAGAAAUACUUAUCUGAGGUUCCUAAACAGAUUGACAGAUGGUAUAUAUCGAUAAUAUGCAUGCCAAGUAUUGUUGGUGCUUUGAUUGCAAGAAAAAGGUAUGUUAGUUAUAUAUAUAUAUAUAAAAUGGAAUACAUAUUUUGAAUAGAAAGCUCUAAUGAAAUGUAUACCAAUUGUUAGGAGUAGUUUGUUUUAUGUACAAUGAUACUUUGACAACAUUUUUUUGACAACAUUUUAACACUGUCUACGUGUCAUUCUGUGAUUGGUCUAAAAUUAUUCCACAAUCAAUAAUAAUAAUCAUAAACAAUAAUAUAGACCAAUCAUAGAAUGACACAUAGACAGUGUUAAAAUGUUGUCAAAAAAAUGUUGUCAAAAAAAUGUUGGUCCAAAAUGUUGUUUUAUUUGAUCCUA